AUGUCGUCUUACCGGAAGCAUAUGCCGCGUCCGGCACGCCUCAUCUUCAGCAUCUUCCUCAUAUACGGUUUCUUUUGGAUCAAGGGAUGGCCUCGCACAUACGACGACGAAGAACUCCCUCCGAGCAAGCGACCGCAGCAAGAAUCCAACCUCGGCCCACAUCCAGUCGGCCAUGACCAACUCGUCGUCGCCGUUACCACGACCGCAAACCACGUGUACAGCAAAGUUGCGCCCCUCAUCCUCAACACCGACGAACGAGACCAUGGCACCUUCUUGCUCUUCUCAGACCUACAAACAGAGAUUGGAAGGUGGCCGGUAUUCGACGUCAUCUGGCGCUACGGAUCCGAAUUCAUAAAGAAGACGGAGCAGCUGGAAAGAUACCGUGCUCAGGUCGACUAUGCGCGGAGGAGCAUACCCCUGACAAACCUGAAGAAGCCGGACCCGGAGGAAGAAAGGAGGGAUAUGGAGAUACUAGACAAAUACAAGAUACUGGAGACGAUGGCAUCUGCGUGGGAGUACAGGCCAGACCGCAGCUGGUACGUCUUUGCCGGCGACGAGACAUACGUCAACCGGCCAAACCUGCUCGACUGGCUGAGUCAACACGACCCAGCGUCAAUGCAUUUCUUCGGCAACCCACCUGCAGCCGCAACGUCGCUCGUCCCUGACCCUUUUGCUGCUGGCGGUACAUCCUUUAUUCUCUCACGGCAAGUCAUGCUGGAGCUAUUCAAGAACCGUAAGGACUUUAUCCAAAAACGGCGGGAGCGCAUCUCAGAGCAUACGACAGCCUUCGAUCUCGUUUCUAGCGCACUGCAGACCGAACUCAAGCUUGAGUUUACUAUUGUCUGGCCCGGUAUCUCCGGCUUCGAUCCCAGCACCGUGCCUUUUUCGCCUGCCAUUUGGUGUGAGCCCGUCUUGAUGAUGCACCACAUCACCCCAGACCUUGGUAGCGAUCUGCUCAGACUCGAGAAGGAUCGACCUUCCGACCAACCCACCUUGCGCUUCGCCGACUUGUGGUAUCGUUUCAUGACCCCGGAGAAUCUAAACUACACACGCGAUGACUGGGACAACCUAUCUUCCGAGUCAUCCAACGGACGAUGGAACAUCCUUUUCGAAGGCCAACACCCGGAUGCCGAUCGAGCUAAGAAUGGGGAAGAGUCGCCCGAGGCAUGUCAGGCGUCCUGCGACAACAGCAAGUACUGCGUCCAGUGGUCCUAUUCCUCGAUUCCUCAGAAGAACUGGAACGACAACCCGCAAACCAAGUGCCAUCUUAGCAGCAGUAUACGCUUUGGAGCGCACAAGGCGCCACAAAAGCUAAAUAUCGACGGAGAAACAAGCACACUCACUUGGAAGAGCGGAUGGAAGAAGGAUAAGUUCAACAGAUGGGCAAAGCAGCAACGGUGUAGGGAGCAACAUCAGUAG